AUGGGAAGCUGCAAUGUGGAUAGGGCGAGGCUUGAGAUGUUCGAAGUUGGACCGUGCAAAGAUGCGUACGAAAUGGGUCUCUUAAUCGGCCGAAGAUUCUCCAAACUCAUAAGGAGUAGAAUAGUCAGAGACCUCAUUCUACAAAAUCAACUCCGACCAUUUGCCCUUGCCCACACCCCUCAAUCAGAAUCACUUCUCAAAGAACUUUUUCAUAACAACAAAAGCAAAUUCCCAAGGCACUGGGAUGAACUCUUGGGGACUGCAGCAGGAAGCGGGGUGUCACUUCUUGAUAUUUUACUUAUCAACUUCAGGAAGGAAAUUUUGCCGUUUAUUCCUAAAGAAGGAGCAAAAGGUGCCAUCGUGGACACUUCAGAUGAUUGCUCCGAUGUUGUUGUUGUUGGUGAAUCUAUGGCUAUUGCAGCGCACAAUGAAGAUGCUAACGUUGCCCUUGUUGGACACACCUACUUAAUCAAAGGAAUAUUGCCGAAUGGAGUCUUUUUUGUUGGUUAUACUUAUGCUGGGGAGCUUCCAAGCUGUGCGUUUGGGUUCAAUAGUCAUGGACUGGCAUUUACUUUGGAUUCUGUACCCCCUGUUGAAGAUGAAAUCGUAGCUGGUGGUAUUGGGCGCAACUUCAUUUCUAGAGACCUUCUUGAAGCUACAAGCAUGGAUGAUGCAAUGAGUAGGAUUCAAUCGUCAGAAGUUUCUGUGGGACAUUCUUAUAACCUGAUAGAAAUAAGCACACGCAGGAUUUGUAAUGUUGAAACUGCAUCCAGGAAAAGAAUGUCAGUUCAUGAGGUACAAGACGAGAAUUCAAUCAGCAGGCAGAAAAGGGCAUCUGUCUUGUCCAAAAAUUCGAAAGAUGAUUUCCUGUCACUUCUGGGAGAUAUGGAUGACAAAAACUAUCCUAUCUACAUGACAGGUCCAUUGCUUCACACACUUUGUACUGCCCUCAUCGAUCUAGACGAACAAACGUUAUCAAUUAUUGAAGGAAAUCCAGAAAAGGGCAAUAUUUCACAUGUUUUCUCUAUCUCCCCUCAAAAGGGUCCACAACUCAAAAGCAGCCAAAAGUGA